AUGAAAUAAUUUCUUAGAUACAGAUUUUCGACAGUCUUGGGAGUUGUGGGUGCUGGUCAAAUGGGGACAGGCAUCGCCAUAGUUGGAAGUGCAGUAGCCGGAUUGAGAGUGCGAGUGGUUGACGUGAAUGAAUAAAGGUAAUAGCAAUUCUAUAUGGACAUUAGAUUGAAUGCAAGUCAUAAUUUUAUAUCGAAAUGGUGUGACAAGGAAAUUCAAAAGAAUAGAAUGACCGAUCAAAUAAAAACAGAUGUUUUGCAGAGAUUCAGUUUUCAUUUGCAAAUGUCUGAUUUGGCAUCUUGCGAUUUCGUUGUUGAGGCAGCUCCUGAGAAAUACGAAAUGAAGGCAGAAAUUUUCAGAUAGUUAAUCAAAGCAACAAAGCCUGAAACUAUAUUGGCAAGCAACACUUCCUCCAUCUCCAUAACAAAGUUGGCUGGAAUCACAAAUAGGCCUGAUCGUAUUAUCGGAAUGCAUUUCAUGAAUCCAGUGCCAGUGAUGAAAUUGAUCGAGGUCAUCAAGGGACUUUAGACAUCUCAAUAAACCUUGGAUACUACCUUAGAGUACUUCAAUCAUUUUGAUUUUAAUAUAGGUUGGCAGCCAAAAUGAAGAAGGAAAUAGUGAUAGCACAAGACAUCCCAGGAUUCAUUGCAAAUAGAAUUCUUAUGCCCUAUAUAAACGAGGCUAUCCAAACCUUACAUGAAGGAAUUGGAACCGUUGAGGGAAUUGACAAGGCAAUGAAAUUAGGCACAAACGUCCCUAUGGGUACAAUUUCAUAUAAUUUCAGGCCCAUUAACUUUGGCAGACUUCAUAGGGUUAGACACUUGCCUAGAAAUAAUGAAGGUGUUGCAUUAGGAUCUUGGUGAUUCCAAGUAUAGACCUUGUCCAUUGUUGGUGAAUUACGUAAAUGCUGGUUGGUUGGGCAAGAAAUCUGGGAGAGGGUUUUAUAAAUAUUGAGUUAAUAAAUUUAAAAUAUUAUAU